AACCAUUGAAAAUCAGCUGAAAAAUGAUUAAAAAAUCAACAAAUAUGUCGUACUAUUGACUGAUAGUAUAGUCGAUAAUAAUUAUUAUGAUUUAAACAGUGAUUAAAUGAUUUAGUAAUUGAAUUAUAAAUAUAUUUAAAAUGUUUGACUAAUUUCUAAUCAAUUCAGACCAUCGAUUGACUUCAUAUUCAGACAUCAAUUAAGCGACAAAUGAAUGGAUAAAUCAUUGGUUCAGUUGUUAUUCAAAUCAAACAAUCAUUCAAAUAGUGGUUAUUAUUAUUAUUUGAAUCAAUUGUUUCAAUCGUUGAACAAAACAUUAGUCACUUACGUAUUGAUUGCAAUCGUAAUCAAAUCGGUUAACGCCAGCGAUGAUCAUUCAAACACAUUGAGGAUAUUGGAUACGAUAUUGUCUGCUAAGGGAUCCGUUAAUAACCACACUAUCACUGGUUUGGCCUUUGCGUCGAUUGAUUCAAAGCCAGUGCUCAAGAAAAUACAUUGCGAACCAAUCGAGGAGUUGACUGGCAUUCGGGGAUCAAUUGAAAGUCCAAAUUAUCCAAAUCCUAUUCACAAUCAAACUUCAUGUCAAUGGGAUAUAAAGGCAUUAAAUCCCAAUCAUGUGAUCACUAUUAGCUUUGAUGAUUUGGAUAUUGAAGAUAAACAGUGUCCACAUAAUAAAAAUUCAAAGAUAUUGACAAACAUUGAAGAAAAUUGUUGUUUUUCUUGGAUUAAGAUAUUUUCAGAUUCAGACGUCGAGAGCAAAUACUGCGGUCGGAGUGAAGACAAUAAUCUUAUACUUAAACCAUUUAUAUCGACAUCAAGUCGUGUGUCUAUUAAAUAUCACAAAACAUCUCUUGUAGAUAGUAGUCGUGGUUUUCAUUUGUCAUACAUAACGGGUGCGCCUAAGUCUGCCAAAUGUAGAUCCGAUGAAUAUCAUUGUCUUAAUGGCAAAUGUAUACCAAAUAAAUGGAAAUGCAAUCGAAGAGAUGAAUGUGGCGAUGGUUCAGAUGAAAGCAAUUGUGAUGACAUUUGUUUGUCCGCCAAUCAAAUGAAAUGUAAUACUGAUAGCAAUCACGUGAGAGCAACUGUUGGCUGUUAUACUUUUCCCACACAAAGAUGUAAUUCCGUGUUUGAUUGUGACAAUGGCGCCGACGAAAAGGGAUGCGGCGGUUGUCCACAAGAUAUGUUUGUCUGCAAAACUGGUCAGAUCUGCUACAGUGAAAGCAAAAGAUGUGACGGAACUAUUGAUUGUAUGGACUAUUCUGAUGAAUUAAACUGUGGUAUUUGUCCUCAUAAUAAGGUUCAAUGUGGACCCAAUGCAUUGUCUCAAUGUUACGAUCCAAUCACUCAACGGUGCAACCAAUUACUUGACUGUCCUAACGGUGAGGACGAAAUCGGCUGCUUUAGUAAAUGUCACAAUAAGAUACUCUGUACUUCUGGAAAUGGAUGUUAUUCAGCUGAAGAACGAUGUAAUGGAGUUCCUGAAUGUAGUGACUAUUCGGACGAAAAGAACUGUACUCUUGAGUUGUGUCGCGCAGAACGCGGAAACUUUCUGUGUGCCAACAGAAGAUGUAUUCGAUCCGUUUGGACCUGCGAUCACUCGAAUGAUUGUUCCGAUGGUACCGAUGAAAUCAAUUGUCUCAAAAAUAGUGUAAUAACAGCUGCAAUAAUGGGAUCAUUAAUAUGUGGUUUGCUAUUAGUCAUAGCAAUUUCAUGCACGUGUAAACUGAUUGCAUUGAGACAAGUGGAAAGACAUCAUCACUCAAGUACUCAUACCUCACCAUCACAUAUAUCAUACAAUUAUGACAGAAGUUUUAAUGUAAACGGUUUUACUGGUGAUUCGGAUACACCGUUGUUUCGUCUCGAACAGGGAUUCUUUUUUCGUGAGCCACCACCCAGUUAUGCCACUGCAGUGGGCGGCUAUCCAACCGAUAGAAACAACACAUACAUUGAACAGAUUCGUCAAAUUAGACGACAAAGAAGACUUAGACGAAACCGACGUCGACCUCCAACUCCACCACCGCUUGAUUUUGUCGGCGAAGAUAAUGAACAGAAUAUAAGUCAUUCGAGUUCUACAGCUAUCACUUGUCCUCAUUUGACUGUUUCUUCACAAACUAGUAAUAGUAACACAAAUCAUAACGAAACUAACAAUCAAAUUCCAAAUAAUGAUAGUUCCAGUAAUAAUAAUAAUAAUCAUAACAACAAUAAGAAAAAUACUGGAUCUAUUCAACAGAAUAAAGAUGAAGUGAUAAGCGGUGGUCAGAGCCCAAACUCAUCUACCGAUUCAUCCAAUGAACAGCCAUUAAGUCCGACGUUGUCUUCAAAUUCAGUUAACAUUGAAUUGGAAAGCAUUCCCUCAUUAUCUCAGAGCGACUGUGAUUCUCAACCGCUUAUUAGAUAACUAUAAGUUUACCAUUAAAUCAAUGACUGUUUAUAAAUAACUUUUGAAAAAAUAUUUUAUAUGAUUUAAUUUCUUUUUUAAAUACAUUUAUGCUUUAUUAUUGUAUAAAAAGCUUUAUUUUAUUUGAUAUACUAUACAAACUUUACUA